CAUCACCAUCAUCCCCUAGACACAGUUCUGAGACAACACACCUGCACAUUCCUUUCCAUCUUACAAUGCCAGAGACUUUCACUGUGAAAGUUGAAGAGGGAAGGCCUGCAACUGAUGGAAAACCAUCUGCAGGUCCUGUCUAUAGGAGCAUUUAUGCUAAAGAUGCUCUCUUGGAAGUUCCUUCUCAUUUGGAAUCACCUUGGGAUUUCUUCAGGGACUCUGUUAAGAGGAACCCCAACAGCAAAAUGCUUGGUAGGCGUCAAAAAACAGAAUCUAAGGCAGGUUCCUACAUAUGGCUUACAUAUCAAGAGGUUUAUGAUGCUGCCUUGAAACUGGGUUUUGCCAUGAAGAGCCGAGGUGUUAAUCCAGGAGAUCGUUGUGGCAUAUUUGGGUCCAACUGCCCUGAAUGGAUCAUUGCAAUGGAGGCUUGCAAUAGCUGUGCAGUGUCAUAUGUUCCCUUAUAUGACACCCUUGGUCCUAAUGCAGUGGAGUUUAUCAUAAAUCAUGCUGAAGUUUCAAUUGCAUUUGUUCAGGAAAAAAAAAUUCAAUCAAUUUUGUCAUGUCUUGUGCAGUGUUCUUCAAAUCUUAAAACAAUUGUAAGCUUUGGAAGUGUUUCGACCACACAAAAGAAGGAAGCUGAGGAACAUGGUGUGUCCUGCUUCUCGUGGGAAGAGUUUCUCCAGAUGGGAUGUCUGGAUUGGGAUUUACCAUUGAAAAAGAAGACAGACAUUUGCACAAUAAUGUACACCAGUGGAACAACUGGAGAUCCCAAAGGCGUUGUUAUUAAGAAUGGGGCUUUCAUGGCUGAAGUGUUGUCUGUUGACCACAUACUUAUGUUAACAGACAGAGUGGCAGCAGAAGACGAUGUGUACUUCUCCUUUCUUCCUCUUGCUCACGUAUAUGACCAAAUAAUGGAGACCUAUUGCAUCUCUAAGGGCUCAUCAAUAGGAUUUUGGCAAGGAGAUGUCAGGUUUUUGCUGGAAGAUGUUCAGGCACUUCAACCAACUAUAUUUUGUGGUGUUCCUAGAGUUUAUGAUCGUAUUUGUGCUGGUAUCAAGAGCAGACUUGCCUCAGCAGGAGUACUGCGGAGUACAUUGUUUCAGUAUGCUUACAACUACAAGUUAAAAUAUAUGGAGAAGGGUCUUCCACAACACAAAGCAGCACCUCUGUUCGAUAGGCUUGUGUUUGACAAGACAAAACAAGCACUGGGUGGACGUGUUCGCAUCCUGUUAUCAGGAGCUGCUCCUUUGCCUAGGCAUGUGGAAGAGUUUAUGAGGGUCACCAGUGGAUCUACAUUAUCACAAGGAUAUGGUCUUACUGAAAGUUGUGGUGGGUGUCUCACUGCAAUAAGCAAUGUGUUUUCUAUGAUGGGAACAAUUGGAGUCCCUACAACGACCAUUGAGGCCAGGCUUGAAUCUGUGCCAGAGAUGGAAUAUGAUGCACUUUCCAAUGUAGCCCGAGGAGAAAUUUGUCUGAGAGGAAAUACCUUGUUCUCUGGUUAUCACAAGCGUGAAGAUCUGACCAAAGAGGUUAUGGUUGAUGGUUGGUUUCACACAGGAGACAUUGGAGAGUGGCAACCAAAUGGAGCCAUGAAAAUUAUUGAUAGGAAGAAGAAUAUCUUCAAAUUAUCUCAAGGAGAAUAUAUUGCUGUGGAGAAUAUUGAAAACAAGUAUUUGCAGUGCCCCCUUAUAGCAUCGAUUUGGGUGUAUGGAAACAGCUUUGAGUCAUUCUUGGUGGCUGUUGUGGUCCCUGAAAGAAAGGCCAUUGAGGAUUGGGCAGUAAUGCACAAUGUGAGUGAUGAUUUUAAAUCAUUAUGUGACAAUCUAAAAGCAAGAAAGUACAUUUUGGAUGAGCUCAACAGCACUGGUCAGAAACUCCAACUCAGAGGAUUUGAGCUGCUAAAAGCCAUUCACCUGGACCCAAAUCCCUUUGACGUGGAGAGAGAUUUAAUAACUCCAACCUUCAAAUUGAAGAGACCACAAUUGCUCAAGUACUAUAAGGAUCACAUUGAUCAACUAUACAGAGAAGCAAAGGGAGUAAUGCAGUGAACCAUGUGCAACGAUUUUUCUGAAUUCAAGCAGUUAUGAAGCAAAAUCCAUUUGGCAUUCUGUAUAUUUUGGUUUAUCAUUGUAUUUACUCAUGUGAAAAAUCAUAAACAUAGAUAGAAUAGUUCGUAUGUUGAAACAAAAACUUUUUGUAAAAAAAUCACAUAAUAAAUUGUGUGGACAAUGCAACUUAUUUAUUUCUUUUGGCAUAUGAACUCCAA